AUGAUGCAGCAGAUUCUGAGGGACAUGUACAUUGAGCCAGACCUGUUAGCUGAGCUGAACGAGGAGCAGAAGCAGAUUCUGUUCUACAAGAUCCGCCAGGAACAGGUCCGACGCUGGAAUGAGAGGGAGAACCCAAAAAAGGACCAGGACCAGGACCCAGAUCAGAAACAGAAAUUGGAACAUCAGACACAGGACAAAGAUAAGAAGGGUGAGAACAUCCAGUGGCUGGUGGGCAGUGAUGGGGACGUGUGGGUGUGGGUGAUGGGCGACGCCCCAGGGGAUAAGUCGUACAGUGACAUCAUCAGGGAGCUGAUGGAGGAGAGGGCCAGACGGCAGGCACAGCAGGAGGCCCAGGAGCACUGGCGUGCCAAGGAGGCAGAGAUCGAGAAGAAGUUUCGGGAUGCCAUGGCGAAGGAGAAGGCCAGGUUUGUGGCUGGGAAGUGGAAGGAGGAGACGGAGGAUCGCAGGGCUGCCAAGCAGGAAGAGGAACGCAUCCAGGAAGAACUCAAGAGGAGGGAGGAGGAGGAGAGGCAGCGAGGAGAAGAGGAGAUAAAGCGAGCAGAGGAGAAGAGAGCGAGGGAGUUGUAUCUCUCCCUGGAGCGGGAGCAGCGAAGAAGUGAAAAGGAGAACAAGGAAUGGGAGGAGCAAUUGUGUCGCUCCAAGAAGGCGGAUGAGGAGAGGCAGAGCAAGGCCCGCCGGGCCAGGGACGAGUCCCAGCGGCAGUCCGUCCGGGCCCUGGGGAAGGGCCGCGUGGCGGGGCUCAGUGGCCUGUUCCAGACGCCGCCCACUCACGGCCCCGGGCCCACCAUGAGCCGCAGACACAGCAGCGACCCGGAGUCCUCGUCUCCUGCCCGCCAGGGCGCUGGAGCUCAUGGCUCGGAGCACAGCCGGUCAGGUCCACAGACCCCAGCCGCUUCGUUUUACCGGCGCAGGCACAGCCGCCGACACAGCCACAUCAUCCCCCAGCCUCUGGACAGUCCUGCGUGGGUGAGGGGACCAAGGCCAAGCUCAAAGGAGUGUGUUCUUCUGUGGUUCAAAGAGGAGCAGGGGCCCAAACAGGCUGGCUACGAGCGCAACAGCACCACUAUCGCCCCCUGGUUUCAUGGCCUGAUCUCCAGACAGGACUCGGAAACGCUGCUGAUGAAUGCCAGCGAGGGUUCCUUCCUGGUUCGCCUCAGUGACAUGAUCUGGGGUUACACCCUUUCCUGCCGCACGCCCCACGGCUUCAAGCACUUCCUCAUUGACGCCUCCGCCGACUAUUACAGCUUCCUGGGCGUGGACCAGAACCGCCACGCCACACUGGCCGACCUCGUCGACUUUCACAAGGAAGAGGUGAUCACCACGUCAGGAGGGGAGCUUCUACUGGAACCUUGCAGAAGAACAGCUUCUUCCACAGACUACGGGGAACUAUUUCAGUGACGGACCUCCUUCAGGUCCUUCUCAUGCUGUACCGAACCUGUGUUCAAAACCUCUCAGGGUUUAUUUGGAAAGAAAAAACCCCACUCACACAAAAACUUAACUGAAACUCGGCUCUCAGGAAUCUGUUCAACCGUGAAGCUCAUUUCUACAAGCCCUAAAUCAAAUCACUGGACUGUCCUCUCAGAUGAACUCUCCAGUGUCCAACUGCAAGGCCUCCACACACCAACAGCAGGGUCGAGUCUCAAGUAAAGGACUUGCUGCCAGUUAUUUGGGAGCUUAAACCAGCUCUGAGCUAAGACUGAAGAUGCAUUACAAUGUUCAUCUCAUCCACCGAGUCUGCCAGGGGUUUGCAUGGAUGCAAGGCCAACGGUGAUGUGGAGACUUAUGAACAUGACAGAGGAUGUAAGAACCUGAGGCGAACAA